AUGCCUCCCAAAGCUGCCGCUCGUGGAAGCGCCCGUGGAGGGGCUGCCAGCCGUGGUGCUCGAACUGAUACAACUACUCCAACUCCCGCUGGCGGGGGCACUGCGCAAAAUGCUCCCGCGGCAACUGGCGCGCCCGGUCCUGCGAGUCGAGCUUCAGUGCAACGGCUUCAAUCCCUAAACAAACGCACACCUUCUGGCAGCAUUGCGCCCAGUAGUCGGCCGCCGUCUGCACUUGGUGGCGAGCCGCCCAAACCAGUCCUAAAACACAAACCGAAGGCCGUUGGGCGUCGCAGCAAGCAAGAACGAGAUGAGAUAGAGCGACUUGAACAAGAACGAUACAAAGAGCGUCUGAAGGAAGCUGCUGCUAUUCAGCGCGGCCGUGGUGGCACUGCUCGUCGUGCUGGAUUCCGUGGUCGUGGUGGACCCAUGGCUAUGGGCAUGAGUGGAUUUGGUGGACGAGGCGGCAAGCGAGGUCGUGGCGGUCAUGGCGGCGGAGGCGGAGGCGGUGGAUAUGGAGGAGGCUCAGGCGGAGCAGGCUCGGGAUACAACCGGUCUGGUCUUACUGGGGGCAACCGUGGACGCGCAUAUGACUCUUCAGACGACGAGGAGAAUGAACUUCGUGUCAGCAUCGAUCAUAUCAACCUCGAUAGCGACGACGAGGAUUGGGAUACGCCGAAGGAUUUCAAGGGUAAACAACCAAGCAGGUCGAGCGGCGAACGAGGACUUCGUCCCGUCCGUGUUGAGCGACAUGAGCAUGAGGAAAGAGUCAUCAGUGUCAACAUGGAAUCCAGCACAAGCAGAACCGCGGAUCUCCGCAAGAAAGCAGAGAAGGAGAAAUCUGCGAAAGAUGUUGGCCGUACACCUACCAAGGUUAAACCUGAACCCCAAGACGACGACACAACUAUGGCGGAUGCCAUUCCCCACGCCGAUGACGACGACUUCCUUCCAGAACAUAACGUUCGUGUGCGCUCGGCUCAGAGUAUGAGCCCAACAAAGAGGAGCACAACAGAACUACGAUCGACUCAACCCUCACCUGAGCCCGAAAUCAUAGACCCGCGCAGCCUACUUAACACUAAAGAGGAGAUCGACGAAUAUGACCGACACAUGGAAGAUUUGGCUAUUAUCAGGGAUCUUCUCAUCCCCAAGGAGUCAAAGAAGACCACAUCAGAAGCAGAAACCACCGAAGGAGCUGCUGAAGAUGCAUCCACCACAGUGGAAGGACAGGAAGGGGACAAAGAGAACGAAGACAAAACAGAGGAAGAGGAAGAAGACAACCCUCUACAUGGCCAAAUGUUCCUCAUGCAAUUCCCACCGAUGACCCCCUCCCUCAGAGUCGCCGGUUCCGUCCAAAACCAACCUGAAGCUACAGCCGCAGCUGCAGCUCCCCAGAACGAGAUCAAGCGUGAAGCAGGCGACGAUGUGGAGAUCGUGGACAGCACCCAUAAACCAACCGAGUCAAAAGAAAGCAGCGUCAUUAUGGCCGGACAACCCUGGUCUUUGCCCACAGGCCGUGUCGGCAAAUUGAACGUGCACAAGUCAGGCCGUGUGACCCUAGACUGGGGUGGAAUCAGUAUGGAGUUGGAUCGUGGAGCACCGGUUGGUUUCGUCCAGGAAGCCGUUAUCUUGUCUAAGGUGCCCCCAGAGCCGGAGGAAGACACGCCAAAACACGUUUGGUCUAUGGGUCAAUUGUCUGGCAAGUUCACAGUAACCCCGAACUGGGACGAGAUACUUUGA